AUGGCGUGGGAGAGCUGCAUGGAGGGCGAGGGCAACUGCUCGCCCUCUCCCCCAGCGGAUGUGCUGGAAAUAGCCCUGGCAGGGCCGCGGGGCCCCUCCUUGACAGCGGUCGCAGCACCCUAUAAAGCCGCUCAGGGACCAGGGGCUGCACCGAGGACAGCACCCGUGCAGAGAGGCACCAUGAAGCCCCUCGUCCUGCUGACCCUCCUGGCCCUCCUCACCCUCGGCCUCUGCCGCAGAGGUGCUGACCGCUCCACCAGCGCCGACGACUCGCCCAGUUCCGAAGCCUUCGUCUCCAAACGUGCCAGCGCCGAGGUGGCGCGGAGACACAAGAGGAAUUACAUCUAUGACAGCAGCAUCUAUGGUGUCGUGCGGGACCCGCUGGAGGCCAAGCGUGAGGUGUGCGAGCUCAACCCUGACUGCGAUGAGCUGGCCGACCACAUCGGCUUCCAGGAGGCAUAUCGGCGCUUCUAUGGCCCCGUCUAG